AUGGCGUACCCCAGUCCCAGUGAUGUACCCGUAGCAGAAAAUAUGGACUCGCAGCCUAGAAUAUUGUUGCUGGGUCUGAGAAGCAGUGGCAAGUCAUCCAUCCAGAAGGUCGUCUUCCACAAAAUGCCCCCUGGUGACACCAUGAAUUUGGAAAGCACUAAUCAAAUUGUCAAAGAAGAUAUUACAAGCGGUUCAUUUAUUCAAUUUCAAAUUUGGGACUGCCCUGGUCAGAAUGACUUCUCGGACUCGAGCCUGUACGACCUAGAUUACAUUUUUGGCACGAGGGGUGCUCUCAUAUUUGUUAUUGAUGCUCAGGAUGACUGCAACGAGGCACUGAGAAUGCUAAAUCGAGUUUUUACUAAUGCCUACAACGUCAACAAAAACUUAAAAUUUGAAGUCUUCAUCCAUAAAAUCGACGGGAUUCCCGAGGACCAGAAAUUAGAACUUCAAAGGUACAUCCUGUACACAGCUAGUGAGGAACUUAAGGAGUCUGGCAUACAUGGACUGCAUUUAAGUAUCCACCUAACAAGUAUAUACGACCACACCAUAUUUGAAGCAUUCAGUAAAGUUGUUCAGAAGCUUGUGAAAUCUCUCUCAGUCCUUGAAAACAUGUUGACCAUGUUUUCAAACAAUUCGGGGGUUGACAAGGUGUUCCUGUUUGAUAUCGUCAGCAAGAUCUACAUAGCGACAGAUGUCAAUCAAGUGGAAAAUGAAUUGUACGAGUUGUGCUGUGACAUGAUAGAUGUCACUCUUGACAUCUCCUGUGUUUAUGGUGAAGGGGAUGAUGACGUUGAAAACAGUGGCUUCGAUCAUGAAUCAGGAGCCCUGAUCCGCCUAAACACAAAUUUUGUUCUUUAUCUUAGGGAAGUUAAUAGGCACCUGGCCGUCGUAUGCAUAAUUAGUGACACUAAUUUCCAAAGAAGAGGCACCAUAGACUACAACUUUGGCAUCCUGCGUAAGAAGAUUAACGACAUCCUAGAAGCAAACAAGAACUUAGAAAAGCUCAAAAACAACUCUGCUGCUGUUGAGGACGCCAACGGCGAUGACGACCUCUCGAAUAACGUCUGCUGA